ACGCAAGUGAGCGACCUCUGCAACAUCCGGCGCAUCGUAUCCCACCUCGGCUGCGGCGUCCCCAUUACGCCACGCAGAUCUCAACAGUAACCACUACCACUCAGAGACACAAUGUCGCAGAAAUUUGUACGAUCCCUCGACACACAAGGGAAAGAGGUAUCACAGUCGCUAAUGCCACACCAACAGAACCCUCCCGAAGGCCCGCCACCAAACUACCCACAGCAAGCCCACUACGACGCCGGCCCAGCAGGCGCAGACCCGAGAGGGUUUGGCAACUUCGGCUCGCCGCCUCCGCAGCAACAGUACGGUCCUGGUCCCGGCCCGUAUCAACAAGGAGGUCCAGGACCCUACGGACCUCCACAGCAGGGCUACUACCAACAGCAACCGAUGUACUACCAGCAAGCGCCGCCGCAGCAGGGCGGAUACUAUGGGAAUAGGCCGUCGGGUGGAGCGGGAGAAGGCAUAUGUGCCGGAAUUCUAGGUGCACUCGCGUGCUGUUGCUGCUUGGACUUCUUGUUUUAGGCGUCGGAUAGUUGGUUGUAUGAGUUGGGUCUAGUCAAAAAGACAUGAUGAGACUGAAUGUGGCUUUUCAAGCGAUGAUUUUCAUUCCGCUAUGUAUGAUGCGACGCCCGCAUAUAGAACGCCGGAGGCCUCGACCAUUUGGAAGCGCUAUACGCCGCCACCAUACCACAAUGCGCUGACUCGACGCAGGAAAGG